AUGCUGCUCGCCCGGGCUCUGCGCUCCGCCGCCGCCGCCCUCCGCCCGCUGCCGCCACGGGUCCCGCCCUCCCCGCUGCUGCGGCCCGCGGCCCUGCUCUGCGACGCCCGCCCGCCUGCCGCCCGCCCCUUCACCCGCAGCCUCUGGCUGCUCAGCGGGGACGCCGCCGGGACGCAGCGGCCUGGCCUCCUGCGGCCUCAGCGAGCCUCCCCCGCCGGCGUGUCCUGCGGCUGCGGCGGCCUCCACACCGAGGGGGACAAAGCAUUUGCAGAGUUUCUGAGAGAUGAAAUUAAAGAGGAGAAGAACAUCCGGAAACAUAAAUCCCUGCCCAAGAUGUCUGGAGGGUGGGAGCUAGAAGUGCAUGGCACUGAAGCCAAAUUGUUGCGGAAAAUAGAUGGUGAAAGGAUUACAGUUACAUUCAACGUUAACAACAGCAUUCCACCAACAUUUGAUGAAGAACCACAAGAACAACAGAAAACUGAUGAACAGGAGCCUGAACUUACAUCGACUCCUAACUUUGUUGUAGAAGUAACAAAAGAUGACCCCAAACAGACUCUUGUGCUUGACUGCCACUAUCCUGAGGAUGAGAUUGGACAUGGGGAAGGGGAGAGUGACAUUUUCUCAAUUCAGGAGGUCAGCUUUCAGCCCACUGGAGAAUCAGAUUGGAAGGAUACCAACUACACUCUCAACACAGACUCUCUUGACUGGAAGAUGUAUGACCACUUAAUGGAUUUCUUGGCUGACCGAGGAGUGGACAACACAUUUGCUGAUGAAUUAGUUGAGCUCAGCACUGCAUUAGAGCAUCAGGAGUACAUUAAAUUCCUUGAAGACCUUAAAAGCUUUGUCAAAUGUCAGUAGAUUAGGAAAUUAAAAGUCAAAGCCUACAACUGUGGAUAUCCUGUAGCAGUACUCUUACCUGCAGCUGAUACCACCAGUAAGUUUAAAACUUCAAAGUGGGAUAAACAUCAUGGAAAACUAAA